AUGUGCUACUACAGCAGCUGUUAUGGAGGCCUGGGCUAUGGCUAUGGUGGUCUAGGCUGUGGCUACGGCUCUGGCUAUGGCUAUGGUGGCUAUGGUGGCUAUGGUGGCUAUGGUGGCUGUGACUAUGGCUGUUGCCGCCCUCUGUGCUGUAGAAGAUACUGGUCCUAUGGCUUCUAA